AUGGCUUGUACGAAAGAGACGGUUAAGUCUCAUGGCCUUAAUAUAUGGUCUACGGGCGCUCUGUCAGGGUCCACAACAGAAAUGGAUAUUAUCGGCGUCCAAGGAUUAGGCUCUCAUCCGUUCUUCACUUGGGUCAACUUUCCGUUGCAAUCCCCGGAAAGUAAAUCGUCGAGGAAACUUGUGGAUAAGCUAUGGACCAGGAAAGAUAAAAAAGCCCCAAAACAAAACGGGCAAAAUGAGCCGGUAGAGUUUAUGCCUUUAUUCACGAAUGUUAUCGACAUUAGUGACACAGAGGCAGAAGCAGGAGAUCUCUUCGAUGGCACGCCUUACAGUUGCCAGAAUUUAUGGAAGUCGAAACGAACGAACGGGACCCCCACCGUCUCAACAAAGCAAGUUUAUUGCUUGUUUCGCUUUCUUUCGUCGUGCGAAGCGAUCUAG